GGAAAAUCUGAAGAGGAAACCGACUGCGUCACAAGGCCGAGAGCCCCCGGAGCCGCUUGUAUCAACUGUUCAACACUGGACUCCGAAUCGGCCACCUCAAAUGAAACGUCUCUAUCUCAUAGUGUGUACAUUUAUUUUGCUGGACUCUGGUCAGCAAUGUCAGCAGACGUGCCAUGAAAAUGCUCAAUGUAAGGAGGAGAAGGGGAUACGCGGCUGCUACUGUGCUAGUGGAUAUACAGGGAAUGGAAUUAAUUUCUGCGAAGAUGACAACGAAUGUCAAAAUGCCACCUACAUCUGUGGAGAUCACGCGAACUGCACCAACACCAGGGGCAGCUACUUCUGUAUGUGUGCGCCAGGCUAUACUUCCAGCAGCGGUGCGGAGAGAUUUAUGACCAAUGAUGGAACGUUCUGCCGGGAUAUAGAUGAAUGCAACCAAAUCAAGUGUGGCGACCACGCUCAGUGUGAGAAUACCGCCGGAGGGUACAAUUGCUCAUGUCUGAAAGGUUAUCACUCGUCCUCAGGAAGUUUGCACUUUAAAGCAAGCGAUGGGACUUACUGUCAAGAAAAUGUGAAGAUUAAGUGUCAUCUGGAUGAUCGGUGCAUCUCCACAAGCAUUAAUCAAACUAUGAGCAAGGUCAACACCAUCAAAGAGCCAAUAGCUAUUCUAAAGGAAAUUCAGAGAAGUACGACAAGAGAGCUCCUGCCCGUGGAUGUGAUUUCCUACAUUGAAGUGCUCGCCGCUUCCUCUCCACUGCUAAGCACUUUAAAUAAGACAGCGCCAAACAAAGAGACUCUCACUAACACCACCAUUACCACUCUUGUUAACACCGUGAACAACUUGGUUGAAAAGGAUAAAAUUACAGUUUGGAAGAAGUUAAAAGAAGAGAACAGGAGAAACAGUAUAACCAAACUCCUGCACACCACCGAGCGGCUGGCGCUAGAUAUGUCACAGAACUUCCAGAAAACAACCCAGCUCGAUGUAGAUGCCAGUGAUAUGGCUCUCAAACUGUUUACCUUUGACUCUAACCACAUGAAGCACAUUCACCCGCACGCUCUUAUGGAAGGAGAUUACAUCAAGAUUUCUCCAAAGAAGAAAGCAGCUACGUCUAAUGGUACAGUCAGUAUCGUGUUUCUGCGGUAUGACAGCAUCGGAUCUCUCCUUCUAUCACCUGAAAACAAGGCAGAAAAUGACGAUGAUUUUGAAGCCAGCGAGAUUGUAAAUUCCCCCGUAAUUGCAGCAGCGAUCAACUCUAAUCCUUCGACACUUUACCAACUGGAAAAAAUCAUAUUUGUUUUAAAACAUUUAGAGCUAUCUAUGGAUACAGAAACCGCAAAAUGUGCAUUUUGGAGUUAUGAUCCUGAAUCACUGUUGGGAGAAUGGUCUACAGAAGGGUGUGAGGUGGAAUAUUCUAAUACCAGUCACACAUCCUGCACGUGUAACCACCUCACACAUUUCGCUAUUCUGAUGUCACCGAUGAGCCACAACAAGGUGGCCACUCAUCACAGCGUCCUCACACGAAUCACCCAGCUUGGGAUAAUAAUCUCCCUGAUUUGUCUCUCCUUGUGUAUCUUUACGUUCUUCUUCUUCAGCGAAAUCCAGAGCACCAGGACGACAAUUCACAAAAAUCUCUGCUGUGCGUUAUUCCUAGCCGAGCUGCUUUUUAUCAUCGGGAUAAAUAUGACCAAAAAUAAGCUUCUUUGUGCCAUCUUCGCUGGAUUACUCCAUUAUUUCUUCCUUGCGGCCUUUGCUUGGAUGUGUAUUGAAGGGAUUCAUCUGUAUCUCAUCGUAGUUGGAGUUAUUUACAAUCGAGGAUUCCUACAUAAGAAUUUUUACAUUUUUGGAUACUGCAGCCCGGCCGUAGUUGUUGGAGUUUCAGCCGUUUUGGGAUAUAAGUAUUACGGCACAGAUAAAGUAUGUUGGCUGAGCACAGAGAAUAAUUUUAUAUGGAGUUUUAUUGGGCCGGCCUGUCUCAUCAUUCUCGUUAACCUGAUGGCAUUUGGAGUCAUAAUCUACAAAGUUUUCCGACAUACCGCAAUGUUGAAGCGAGAAGUCAGCUGCUACGAAAACAUAAGGUCUUGUGCCCGGGGGGCUCUGGCCCUUCUGUUUCUUCUUGGGGCGACGUGGAUGUUUGGCGUCCUACAUGUGGUAAAUGGGUCAGUGGUCACCGCUUAUCUCUUCACCAUCUCCAAUGCCUUCCAGGGAAUGUUUAUCUUCAUCUUCCUCUGUGUUUUGUCCAAAAAGAUACAAGAAGAAUACUACAGAUUAUUCAAAAACGUGCCAUGUUGUUUCACGUGUCUGAGAUAAACAGAUGGAGCGGCGGUGAUUUACAGUAAACAUCUGCGUCGGCUCCGUACGGAGAUCUCCCACAUGAUGGAGCGAGACAUCAUCCACUUCUAUGACGGCUGUAAUUGUGUCUUUUUCUGAAGGUCACAGAGUCCAUAUUUCUUUACUAUUCUAUACAACGCGUUCUUUAUCUUCCUUCGAUUUUUAUUUUUUUCCUAUGCUUGCUCUAGUACGGGAAAUAAAGUGCAGUAUUCUAGUAUACAAGCCGUAAGGGCGCAAUGAAAACCGAAAUAUCCAGAGCUCCAAAAUAUUACUAUGCAACCCAUAGUAACUAAUCUUACCGGAGCUUAGAACGUAAACAAUGGUGGCUUAUUAAAUUAGAGGCCUAACCUGAACUUUUUGGGCCACAGUGCUAAAACUAUAACAGGACCUCCAAAUUAUAACAUGUAACUUAUAGGGGUCCUUACAUGGGGCUUGAGGGGUCUUUUGCCUCCAUGACCCUGGUGCGACCACAAAUUCUGCACCCCCGAUCACUGUGUACAGUAUAUUUUAUGUUAUUUAAUAAGCCUUAAUGUCUUCUGUUUCUUUACAUGUGUAAAAUGAAUAUACAUUCGGUCUGACCUUUUGUUUUUUACAAUGUGCAAUAUGUUACGUGAUAUGUUAUAUAACGGAGCAGUAUAUCUGUACAGUGGGUGAGAGGUUUAUGUUGACUGAACAGCUGGUCGGAGUUUGCAACGAUUUGCAGAACAUUUACAAAAUGAGACAACCUAGCAACUGGAUAUACACUGUAGCUGUCAACGCUCCUGCGGCGCAAAUUAGGAUGAAAAUAGGCCGAGGUCUAUGAUUAAACAUAAACCUUGUCAGUACCAUACAUGCAUAGAAGGAAAAUAAAUGUUUCGCAAAUGUUCCAUGGAGGUGAGACCAUUGCUGAAUUUCCUCUCAUAUUAACCUUCUCAAAAAACUGCUAGAUGUGUUAGCCCAGGCCUAAGUCAACAGAGCUGUAAGGGCUUUUUACUAAGAACCUGUUACCUAUGAAAUGCACCAUGUUAUAGAGCAGGAGGAGCUGAGCAGAUGAUAUAUACAAUACAGUACAAUCUGCAGUGAUCAUGAUAUAGAGCAGGAAGAGCUGAGGAGAUGAUAUAUAAUAGAGCACAAACUGCAGGUAUCAUGUUAUAGAGCAGAAGGAGUUGACCAGAUGAUAUAUAAUACAGUACAAUCUGCAGGGAUCAUGUUAUAGAGCAGGAGGAGCUGAGCAGAUGAUAUAUACAAUACAGUACAAUCUGCAGGUAUCAUGUUAUAGAGCAGGAGGAGCUGAGCAGAUGAUAUAGACAAGACAGUACAAUCUGCAGGUAUCAUGUUAUAGAGCAGGAGGAGCUGAGCAGAUGAUGUAUGCAAUACAGUCCAAUCUGAAGACAUCAUGUUAUAGAGCAGGAGGAGCUGAGCAGACAAUUUAUACAAUACAUUAUAAUCUGCAGGUAUCAUGUUUUAGAGCAGGAGGAGCUGAGCAGAUGAUAUAUACAAUACAGUACAAUCUGCAGGUAUCAUGAUAUAGAGCAGGAGGAGCUGAGCAGAUUGUAUAUACAAUACAGUACAAACUACAGGUAUCAUGUUAUAGAGCAGGAGGAGCUGAGGAGAUGAUAUAUACAAUACAGUACAAUCUGCAGGUAUCAUGUUAUAGAGCAGGGGGAGCUGAGAAGAUGAUAUAUACAAUACAAUACAAUCUACAGGUAUCAUGUUAUAGAGCAGGAGGAGCUGAGAAGAUGAUAUAUACAAUACAGUACAAUCAUGAAAAAAGAUUUAUUCCAACUAGUAUUCUAUUCAUUUCAAACUCUUCUUAUUCUGAGUUUAGGAGUCCAGUAGGCAGGGCUUGGCGGAGUGGGACCACCCAAUAGACUCCUAGACGAACAUUUACUCUGCCAAUUUGUGAGCAGCACUGUCUACUUGAUUCCUAAGCGAAGAAUAAAAUGAAAUGAAUAAAAUAUAAAUUAUACUGAAUCUUUUUAUACUAAAACUUUUUAUUCUGAUAAGCCCAUAGCCCAUCCUUUCCUUCCCAUCAACCUAUAUAAUUGUAUAAAUAUUAUUAAUUAGCUAUAUACAGCAGUUUCACCUAUUUGGUUGUCACAUGCAUUAAGUGAGGAAAUUACAUCAUCCAGCCAUCCACUCUGUCCAAAUCCCUCUCUGAAAGCAGCCCCCUCCCUCCUGAGAGACACAGACUGCGUGGUUUCUGCCCUGCACUGAUGAGUCAUGCUCUCUUUAGCGCUGAGAACUGGGAGGUGUGUGAAGCCUCAGCCAAUCAGACACUAAUCCUCUCUGCUCCCAGAGCAGGAGGACUGGGGCUGCUCUCUGAGAGUGAGCUGGCUGGCAGAGCAGUGCUGAAAUGAUUGCUGGGAGAUGUAGGUAAAGGGAGGAAAGGAUAGAAAAGAAUAUCAAGCACCCAGAAGACAACAGGGGCCACAGGAGCCAUGGAUAUCAGAAAGGAUGGUUUACAGGAAACAUAUCCAGGUAGUGUGGUGGCUUUGGAGUUUUUUUUCAUAUACAGACAUGGCCGUAAAUGUUGGCACCCUUAAAA